CAUGCACUGUCUGUGUUAUCGUGUCAGCGUGUUGACUGUGUUAUCGUCAUCGGUGCGUUUAUCACUGAGACUGCCCCGCCCCCACCACCUAUAUAAAGACGUGUUAAUAAACCCUGCCGUUCUUCUUGUUCCCGUCAACAUGUAGUUGCCUCGGUCCUUUGUCAGACACCCGACACGUUACAUGGUGUCAGAAGUGGGAUACCAGCGACAACGAUGGAUCUUCUCAAGGCUCCGCCCCCCUUGCAACUGACCGGCAACCUCUCGGAAAAUUGGAGGCGCUUCAGACAGAAGUUCGACCUGUACCUGCAGGCGACCACAACGAAGGAGCAUCCUCGAAGCGAAGCUGCGAAAGCGGCGCUGCUGCUAAGCGUAGCCGGUGAUGAAGCGCUCGACGUGUUGAACACGUUCAAGUUCGAGGAAGACGAAAGCAAGGACGACUACGCAACGCUCGCUGGGAAAUUCGAGUCCUACUGUGCUGAGGUGAGCAAUGAAGUUCACGAAAGCUACGUGUUUCGGUCAAGGAAGCAGGCGGAGGGAGCACCUUUCGAGAAAUUUGUCCGCGACCUCAAAAGGCAAGCCGCGCAAUGCAACUUUGGAGAGCAGCGAGAUUCUCUGAUCAGGGAUCAAAUCGUGUUUGGCACGAAUGACUCGAAGCUGCGAGAAAAAUGCUUCGGGAGAAGUCUUUAACGUUGCUGAAAGCGGAACAACUGUGCAAGGUGGCUGAAUCAUUGGCACAGCGAAAGGAGGUCUGGAACGCCACGGAGAAUCGCGUCGAUGCUGUUUCAAGGCACGCCACAACAUCGCGAGGCAAAAGUGAU